AUGAAUGAAUUUUAAGUAUUUCAAUUUAAAAAGAAAUAAAUAGAAGUAAAUGAAAAUACUUUAUAUAAAGACAUUUGGUCUUCAAAUAGUAGAAUAUAUUUAAAAGGUUUACUGAUUUUAGGAUCAGAGCCAAAGAACUUCUUGUUUAGCUUUGCAUUUUUUAAUUGCUGCUGUUUUGUAUUCUACUUUUGCGUUUUAAAUUUUCAAAAAGAACCUAAUUUUGCUUAAAUUUUAAUAACAUUAAUCUUGCAUCUAUUUUGCGAUUAUCUUUUAUUUAAGGCUUCUACAACUGAUCCAGGAAUAAUACCUAAAAAUGUCUAUUGCUGCUCAACUGAUAAAGAAUUGCUUGAUAUUCCAUAAAUUCCUUCAUCAGGGGUCGGCUCAAAUAAAAUAAUAGCCUCUAAUUUAGCAAUAUAAACCUCUUAUCUAAGAAUUAAAAUUUGCCGCACCUGUGGCGUGCACAGACCUCCAAGAUCUAUGCAUUGUGCUUUUUGCAAUAACUGUGUUGAAAACUUCGAUCAUCACUGCCCGUGGUUAGGAACUUGUAUAGGUAAACGUAAUUACAAGUAUUUUUUUGGGUUUAUCACAUUUCUUUUGAUGAUGAUCAUAAACUUUAUAGUAAGUUGCUUUAUAUAUUACGAUCUUUAAAUAUCAGAGAUAAAAGGGAAAGAUGAAACUGCUUCAUUAAACUACGCUUUUACUAAAUCGCUAAAGUCUAAUCCUAUUCCAUUAAUUCUUGGAAUUGUGGCAUUGAUAGCAGUUUGGUUUAUUCUUGCUCUCUGGCUAUAUCAUGUCAACUUAUGCAUACUAAAUUCAACCACAACAGAGAGACUAAAAAAAAUAUAUCUAAGUUUUCAUAACCCUUUUUAGAUAUAAAACUUAUUAAAGUAUUACAUUAAGUGUUUAGUGAGAGGCACUAUCAAAUCUAAGUUAUCUCCGAUGGCUUCAGUCUAUUCUUAGAUAAGUACUACUGAAUAUUCAAAAAUGGCUUAGAGUCACAAAUUUAUAGGGAAAAAAUUUAUCAUGCCAUUAAAAAAAGAUAGUGAGGAGGAUGUCAAAGAAAAUGAUAAAUCUAAAUCUGUAAAGUUGUAGCCUGAAGAUGAGCUAUAAUAUUAAGAACAUGAGAGAAGUAAAGUAAUGUGCAGGUCUGAGUAUGAUUAACCAAACUAGUAAUCUUAGUAUUAAAAUUCUCAAAAAAGGUAUUCUUAAAUAAUAAGGAUAAAUUCUAACCCAGCCAUUCAUCAGACAGAUUAGUCUCAAAAAUCGAUUGCCUAAAUUGGAAAUCAAGAAAAGAAGUCGUAACCAAGCACUUCAAACAUACAUAAGGAAGAAGGUAAUUCAGCGAUGUCAUCUAUUAAACCCCCUUCGCCUAAAAAGACAAAGAGUAUCUUCAAAUAUUCUCCUAAUGCAAAGUCAGGAAACUUAAAUCCUGAAUUUCAAAAAGAAGAUGAAAACUAAAACUAAAACUUGAACUUAUCUAAUCGUCGAUUGCAAGAUUUAAGUCCGAACAAAUCAAAUUUAUAGAUAAAAAAUGAAGCUGUGCCCUCUAAGAUUACUAAAGAUUCAACCUUGAAUACAAACGAAUCUCAUGCGUUUGAAGAUUUUAAUUUCGAUAUAUAGAAUUAAAAUCUUCCUCAAAAUAACAGCAUGUAUAACAUUUAAAGCGAAGUUUUACCAUAACUUACUGACAUUCCUUUGCAGAAGAUUUCUGAUUUCUAAUAAAAUGCUCUCAGAAAUCAAAAUGAAGUAUUUGAUAUGUUUGAUGAAAAGGAAAAAAUACCCGAAGAAAUAUACCCAAAUAUAAAUUCGAAUCAUUAAUUUUACAAUAAUUAAUUCCAAACACCGUCUCCAGAUUAAAUUAAUUACAAAGAAAGAGAAGAAGCAUUAACAAAAAAAUAGAUACAGCCUUUUAAUUAAAACUAAAGUCAUCAGGUCUAGCAAUAAUAAGCAGAAUUUUCUUAUUCAAAGAAUGUUAUCCAAUCUAGACAAAUCAGCUUAAAUGAAUAUUCAUUUAAUUAGCUCCAUCCUAAAACAAAAAACCAAAUUGAUGUAAUCUAAUCUAGUAAAAUCAAUUAAGGAACUCCAAUCUAAAAUUAAGAUGUUUACUGUGAGAGCAAUAAAUUACAAGCAAAAGGACUAAAUUUGGAAAACGAAUUCAAAAAUUUAGAAUUCUCUGAAGUUUAAAUUAACCAUGAUUAAAAAGAGAAAAAGUCCAGAAAAGAGUAGUAACCAAAUUAAAAAACCGAAAGCUUUUUGAGUAGCAAAGGAGGAUAAUAAAAAUUUUCUUUACCUCAAUAUGAUGAAAUAAAAUUUGAGUCUCUAUAAAAUUUAGAAGUAAUGUCAAAAACAAGUGACGUAAAAUAAGAAUAAGUAAGCUAAUAAAUUUAAAAGUAUAGUAAAACUAUUAGUCUAGGCAGCAGCUAGAAGUAGGAAGAAAAAACAGCUUUUAAUGAUAAUCUCUAUUCAUCUAACAAUAAAAAGGCAUCUCCUGCCCUUCAUAAUAUAGGUGAGCCCUUUAUUGCUUAUUUCUAAUCUAUAGAAACAAAUAAUGGCGGCACACCUUAGUACAUAAAUUCAAGCAGAAAACUAUCACCUGGAUUCCAUAAUAUGGCUUCAAACAGAUUUAAUUUUUCAUCUGACCAGUCUCCUUUAAAUAAAAAAAAUAAUCAAAUAAAUGAAAACAUAUAAGAAGUUUUUGAAGUAAAUUCAUAGAGUAAUUAAAUAACAUAAAAAGACACUCAAAAAAUUUAAUUAUAAAUUCAAUGA